UAUUAUUACUCUGUGGCUUUGGGCACACUGCGUCAGCGCGCUUCUUUGACAACAGCAAACUCUGGGAAUUACAUUGAAUUUAUUGAUAUUUGAAAUGGAGGUGGUGAAGCGUGGCUUCGUUCGCGCCUGCAAGAACCACAGCUACCUGAGCUAUGAGCUGAUCGACAACAUUCUGUCCCCGCUGUGCGCCAACCACAAAGUAUCAAAACCCUCCAGCAAGGAGUCCGUCAAGGUAUUUGUGAGCGAAAUAAACGACUCCCUCAACGACUUGGGUCAGUCGCUGGUUUUCAUCAAGUAUCCGAUCAAGGGCGAGGAGUAUCUGGUGUACGUCAAGACAGAUGCCACGCCCGAUAGCGUUUCGAACACGGGCCUCACCCCCGAGGAAUGCCAGUACUUCUCCAAACUGCUGGACAGGAUUGCCGCCGAGGAGGACUGCAACAUCCCCUGGAAUGCCGCCUACAGCGAGCUCUUACUGCAGGGCACUUCGAAGACGGUGAAGAAGAGCCGCAUGCAGGAACUGCUCCAGAAGUGGACGCAAAUGGGCUACUUCAUGGAGCUGGACGAGAGAAUUUUCCUGGGACCACGCAGCCUCGUUGAGCUGAGCUUCUACUUGGGCUCCCAUCACGAAGAGCACAUCAAGAACUGCAUGCUCUGCAAAUGCCUGGUGCUCUGGGACACCCGCUGUGGAUCCUGCAACAUUCAGUUUCAUCGCGAGUGCAUCCACACUUAUUUGCAGCGGCGCGAUAUUUGCCCGUCCUGCGGCAACCUGUGGACAACGCCUUUAAGACGAUCCACAGAUUCUUCUCAAUAAAUAAAGUUUCAGAAAAAAUAAUAUAGAUUUGGAUUUUCAUAUACAUAUCUGUGAUACCACUUGUAUUAACUAAUCGAUGUCAAGUUUGCAAAUAUAAUAAUAAUAAUAAUAAUUUAGGAACUAUUGGAACUAAAUUAAUGAAAAAAGCAGGAA